AUGAGCUCACAGCCAGAGCAGAAGUGUCUCUGGCAAGUGGACGGGAGGAACCAAGCAGCCACCAACAUGACUGAAGAAAGUGUCCCCCGACAGUUCCAUGGCCCCAUCCAGACCUAUUUCUAUUUUGUGAUCAUUUCUCUUACCGUCUGCCUCAUCGCGGCUCUGGGAACCAUCCUGGUCUUGGUACUUCAGAGGACGGGAUCUGCUGCACAGUACGAUGGACCCCCAGGUGCAGAGAAGCAGGCUCUUUCAGAGGAGGGCGUGAAGAACCCGCAGAGCAUGACAUCUGAAGCAGCGGCUACAUAUCUUAAAAAGUGGGCACAGAGCCAUCUGCCGGACCCCGCCUGUGAAAAAGCAGCUGCCUAUCUCGAAGUGUCACCUCCGGUCAACCAAUCACAGCUGAGCUGGAUCAAAAGCAACAUGCUCUACAACAUGCGGUAUGAGAAAGGAAACUUGAUCGUCCAGAAGCCCGGACUGUAUUUCAUCUACUGCCACUUGCACUUCUUCGUGGCCAAAUGUGACACCAACCACACACCCCAAAAGCUAGAGCUCCGUGUCAAUGGGUCUCCUGUGAAGGAGACGCUCCACACCCUGUGCAGCCCUGAAGCGGCAGCUUCGAAAGGGAAGUUCCACAGCCUCUUUCAAGUCCUCCUGAUGGACCUGAGGAAGGAGGACCAGAUAACUGUGGAAAUUGAGCCGUUCAAAUAUUUGGAGGUUGACCGCCUUGCCAGAAACAAUGUCUUAGGGGUCAUCAAAUACAUUGGUGAAGAAUGCUGACCCCCUGCAGAGGACAGUGUCGGUGAUCGGAAAAUGUCUUUAAUUCAGAUGUUACAAGGCCCCAUCUUUUAGGCUUCUCAAGUCCACCCGUACUCCAAGGGGCCAUAGGAUGCUUGACUGCUGUUGUGCAGAAGAGCUGCCAUUGUUUUUUAAUGCAUCAGCAGUGGCUGUAGAAACCCAAGCCAAAGGUAGU